UCUUUGUCUGUUCGUAGAUGUAGACUAGAUCUAGAUUCUUAAGUCUGAACUCGAACUCAGCAUUCCCUGUCAAAUUUCAGUUUUAAGCUUGAUCUGGUUCUAAAUAAACUAAGACUAAGGAGACGAUAUCUUAUUAGAUAUGGAUGAUCAAUUGAACAUAUCUAGCGCGUUGCUUCUUAUUGUAGGCGAACCUUUUUCGGAGGACCAGAAGCUACUUAUUCUUGCAGAAAUAACCAAAGGAUUCAAAUGCUGGGAUACUGAAGAAACAGGGAUUAACAUCAAUGAAGAGUUGGCACAGAUUGCCAAUAGAGCCUCCUUAGGGGAAGAAGGCAGCAAUGUAGCUCGCAACAAGCCAGGGGAAAGAGUAAUACAGCACCAGUCUGACAAAAUAGCAGUGGAAAUAUUGAUAAAUCCUCUGUCACAAACAGUGAAAAACUCCAUUAAGAAACUUUUGCUAAGUCCAUCGGAGACAAAAUUCAUCAUAUAUGCUGGAAAUGCUUUCCAAGGCUCAGGUGCUUGGGUAUUGCAAGAUGACACUUUUGCUUUUAACAAUUUAGCACAGAUUUUCAAAAAUGUUGAUGUUGAGAAUGCGUUGAAACAGAAUAUAGAAGCUAACUUAACUAUUCACACAUUGGCCGACUCCAACUGGGGCACCAGCAUCAGCAAGGCAGACUUUACCAGUCACCUGAGGAUACAACUCAACCCACAAGAGAAACUAGAUAACAUCCAUGGGGUUGUACAAUUCACUGCCUACAUUGGAAGCUUCCUCAAAGUGGUUCCCAUCACAAACCUCCUACAAGCUUCAGAACAGUUUGGAAACAUAGGCUUCACACGCCCAACACUCUACAUUUUUCCAGGCUGCCAGGGAGACUCGGCUCUUUUUGGAAUCAAUGGUUUUAAUUUACUUGUCAAUGGUGGCUUCAAUAGGCGUGCUUGUUUCUGGGACUUUGCUAGACAUUUAGAUAGGGUAGAUGCUAUGUUGAUGACCCAUCUAGGUACUGAUAAUAUCUUUGGUUUAAAUACAGUGUUGCAGAGAAAAAGCUUAGAGAAUAUUCACCCCCAGAUAGGCUACCUGUACUUUAAUACUGUUUUAAGUUCUGUUGGGGGAGAUGGAGACACUGCCCCUUCACAGUCCAGUCUGUUAAUAAACUUAGCAGAAGAAGCUUGUAAAAUGACCCAGAUGGCUAAACAGUUAGGCAUAAGUCCCCAGCCUUGUCUUCGUAGUGCUACUGGUGAAACAUGCGAGCCAAUUAAUUUGUAUCAUAAAUUGGGGCAUGGUUCCCUGGAUAUGUAUGUUCUUAACCCUGUAGCUGAUUCCAAAGAACUGAAAGAGUUUUAUCAGGCUUGGAGUAAACAUUCAGUCAAUUUGGGCACCAGUGGUCCUUUCCCCAUGCAAAAUGUUUUAUCAGUCUGUGCUUUGCUUGUCUGGAAGCCUUAUAAUCUGGAUGAAAAAAUUGUUAGAAUUUUUUUACCAGGAAAUGCUCCUCAACACAAGGUGAUUGAAGGCUUAGAAAAAGUCAAAAGCUUUGGCUAUUUAAAGCUUGCUGCCUGCACUAAUAGAGAUUUAAUCAAACCACCCCCAGUAAAGAAACCACUUGCUGGGGCUGCCAAACCUGGAUCAUCUCGGCCGGUUAAAUCUACUACGAGUACACGAUCUGAUCUAGCCAACAAACCAGUAAGUGCCACUAGAUCUGAACCAAUCAAAAGGACUGUAACUUCUCCAACAAAGGCUGUCAAAACAAUUAAAGAAGAGACAAACAAAAAGAAACUUACUACAAAGGAAAAGUCUGCUGAUAAUGACACAAAAAAAACAGAAAGAGAUCAAAAAGGCAAACCUUCAUCUAGACCCACAUCGGCUAGUCCUACUAAAAGGCCAACUUCACCAGUCAAAGCUUCAUCUCCCACAAAAUCCAAAUCUUUAUCAAAAUCUCCGUCUCCUCCAAAAACUUCUCCUAUUAAAUCACCAGUAAAGGCAAAAGCUCCAGAUGCCUCUGAGAGUGCUGCAGCUCUGCCUCAAUCAGUGAAUGAAGACCAGAUUCCCGUAAGCAAUCAUGUUGAUAGCCAACCUGAAGCUGAACAGGAACUGAUCAUUGUCAAAGAUGUUGCAAAUCCAAUCGAACCAACUCAGGAGAAAGUGUCAUCAGUUGACAUAAUAGUCUCUUCACCAGUUGACAAAUUAAUGAAUGAAUCUCCACAAAAUCAAGUGAAUGGGGCUGAUCACUUUGAAGCUGAAGAAGAGGAAGUAAAACCUCAGGCUCUACCUGAACCUCCUAUUAUAUUGGAAUCACCUAGCCAAGAUUCUGAAACUAUGCCAGAUUACAGCUCCAAAAUUGAAUCUGAUGAGCAAGAGCUAUCAGAGUUUAGCCGUGCUGAGGAGGAACUGCAAGACUUUGAAAGCAACAAAGAGAAUAUCUCGUAUUCAGAUCCUGCGCAGGAAAUUCCAUCAUCGCCUGAACCUAUUCCAGAAGAGCAGUCCGAUUACACUUACAGUGCUGCAAGACAAGCAACUGGAAGUUUUGAAACUCCUGUAUUUGCACAUGAUGGCCCUGAACCUGUACAGCAUCCUAGCCAACCUUCCAUGGAGCAGAAUAUUCAGUAUGGCAUUCAUGACUCCAGCAAUGGUAGAGAUAUGGGUGGGAUCCAAGAAGUUGAUGAAGAGGACCAGGAGGAUGAGAACAAUGUCAGCCAUAAUAGUCUGGUAGAAGUUGAAGACAAUGCGGAGAAAUACAAUGAAAGCCCUAUCAUAGAACAAAUCCAAGAUACUAUUUCUAGUCAAUCAGAAGACACCAAUGCAUCUGAAAGCCAAGAGACAGAUGAAAUUGAAGAGGUAAAAAGUGAUUCCAGAAUCUCAGCUGAAAGACAGUUUGAAGAUGCUGAAGUGGAUGAUAACUCCAGUGUCAACUCUCAGCCAGCUGUGUUGGACCAAGGUGAAUCCAUUUCAGAGGAAGUCCAUGAGGAAGAUUCCAUUGAUGGAGAUAGUCCUGAUGGUCAGUCACCAAAUGAAGUUUGUUCUGAUGAUGACAAGGAUGUUGAUGAAUCUGUUGGCGUACUCAAAAUAAAUGGAACACUUCCAGAUUCCACAAGUGAAGCUACCCAUGGUUUUCAGGAAUCUGGUCUCAACCCUUUCAUUAUUGGUGCAGACAAGUCAUCAGAACAGUUACCUUAUGAACCUAAGGAAAAUGUAGAAAGUGAGGAUGAUUUGAAAGAGGAUACUUUUAAUCCAGAAGAGAAAUGGGGGCCUCCUAUGGGUUUACCAUCCCCAAUUCAUGAAACUGGUGCCACAUCACCCCAGAAAUCCAAUGGAGUAGAUAAGCGCUUGUCCAUGACUGCUAAAGCAUCAACAGGUCGCAGUGGGAAAAUUGAGGAAUCUAAAAAGCGCCCAGCUACUGCACCUGCAUCUAGCAGAAGUGCACCAGCACGCCCAGGCACAGCUUCUAAGAGACCUCCAACAGGCUCAAGCCGAGCAUCUCCUUUGAGUUCUAAACUCCCCCCACUACCUCCAAUGACUCCCUAUUACGUAGAUCUGACAUACAUACCUAACCAUGGCGAUCCUGCCUAUAGUGACAUUGAAUUUUUUAAAAGGGUUCGUGCUCGUUAUUAUGUGAUAAGCGCUCUCUCCCCAAAUACUGAGCUAUUGUCCUCCCUGAUGGAGGCUAAAGCCACUUGGGAGCAAAAAGAAUUAGAGGUAACUCUCAUUCCAACAUAUGAAAGUGAAUCCCUUCGCCACUGGUUUGGGCUGCACAAAGAAAAAUUGCAGGAGUUGCGAAUUGAUUUAACCCCAGCUGUUAGCAGAUGCACUAUCCAGCUACAGGACCUAGAAACUAGCCUUCCAGCUUACAGACUGGAAGUGUAGACUGAAAUCAGUUUGUUUUUCCCAAUUUAAAAAAGACCAAUUAGUACUAAUUUAUCAAUGACUGUGCUUUAUGUGUUGACAUUGUGCACUGUAGUCUUAGCAAAUCUCUGGUGCAAAUAUAUUUUUUUUGUUUCUUUCUAAAAUAUCAUCAACUCCACUUUUAGCAUCAUUAGUUACCAAGUAUUUCAAUUCAUUACCUUAGCUGAUUAAGCAUUAAAUAAUGUGCAACUGAGAAUAACAUGAUUAGUGUUGUGCACAUUGUAGCAGUAUUUGUAUUUUUGCUCAUGUAAUUUUUAUACAUUUUUUUUUUACAAUGCCGACAGAAAUAUCGUCGUUUAACAAAGCUUCUAGGAUCUGAACUUUUUUUUUUCAUUAUGCGAAUUUUUAUGUGAUUUGGGUGUGUCAAUAUGGUUUGGCCCUAAAUUAUUUAUAUUUACCCUGGGAUGUUGGCUUCCUGCUUCAGCAAUGCUGGGAAGUUAAGGCUUUGUGUUAUGAAACAAUCCAUUUCAGCCCUGUCAACAAAGUCUUCAUAAGCUCUUGUUAACUUCAAGUUAAAAAAAACAACUUAAAACACUGACUGUCCAUGCAAUGAAUCGUCUAUUGUCUUUCACCUUUUUUUUUUUUUUUUUACUAUCUAAAAAAAAAAAAGAAAUAUGUAUGCACUAAAUAUAAAUUUAAAAUAAUAUAUACACUUUCACAUGAAGUUAUCUGAUCAUUUUUUUAUAUCGUACAUAAUAAAGCAAUUCUCUCGUCUCUUUUGAAUGACUAAUGAUGUACUUAACAUUUUUGUUUACUUGUUUUUCUAAUUAUUUUUUUUCCCCUAGCUUGGAUAAUGUGCCAAUUAUAAGCUGUCUGGUUAAUCAGAGACAAAAAAAUUAUGUAUUACAAAAUAUGAUUGUUACAACUGAUAAUUUAAACUAAAAACAUUCUAGCAAUGUUUUUAGUUACAUACAUGUACAUAAUUCAAGUUAUUGCUUUUGAUAAAUGUUACCUGCAUUUAUUAAAGUGGUCUCAGAUUUUAUCUCCAGUCCCUAGUGUUUACAAGAUUAUAAUUCUGUUUGAUCUUGCCAAAAAAGGAGAGAAAAAUGUUCAUGUCUAAAUAAAAUGACAUGCAUUUAGGUUUUGGCUUUCUGGUGUGUCUACUAACUGUAUUCAGUUGUCAUUAUGUCAUUAAAAUUUAUUUUUUUUUUGGUCUUGGCUUGCUUCCAAAAUGUUGAAAACCAUCAUACUGAAAGAAGUACUAUGUUAUUAACUUGCAACUGUUUAUAUGUACGAGGUAGAACAGACACUGGAAAACAUUUUAAAAUACUAUAACUUAGUAUAACUGAAAUUAGAUUCUUUUCUGUAUUUUUCUGUGAUAAAAAAAUGUCAAACUUUUGCUGCCUUAAUGUUAAGCAAACUCUAUUGAAUGUGAAGUAUUUAUAGUUAAUCUGAAAGCUUUUAUAGUUUCACGUACUGUUUUUUUUUAAUUGCAUAAAUAAUUUUUCAGUCUAAAAAAGUCAAUGUGGAAGCACUUAAUAAGCAUGUUAUUAGCUGUUUUCAAACAUUUCUAAUGUUAAAAAAAGCCUGCAAAUCUGACAAUUAAGCAAAUGCAUUUGUCCUGCUCAAAGCUAAUAUUUUAAUGAAUUGGCUGGUCAAAUUUACAGAAAGAUGUAAUUGCUAUUUGUUUAUACUUUUCUAGAAACUAGAUCUAGUAUAUUGUAUUGGGUUGCUUAGAGUUCUUAAACACUCCAAACAAAAAUGUUUCACUACCAAAUAACACUGUACAUUUGUUUGUUUUUGUUACUGUAAAGCUUUUGAUUCUAAGCCAUUGUUUUUCUGUCACUUUUUUGUUGUUUUUGUUUUUAAAGAAUAAAUGUGCAGUAAAAUAAAA